ACAUAACUUUCCAUUCCUAUGGGCAAACCAUACUCUACCCAUGGGGUUACUCAACUCAAGUCAAGCACCCUUUAACAACAACCAUGGAUACUGCUGCUAAAGCAAUGGCGGCACAAAUUAAAAAGACAACUCUAGCUGUGUACAGUGUUGGCAACUCUGCUGUUGUAUACUAUCCUGCAGCUGGAGCUUCUGAUGACUGGGCUGCGAAUGCAAUGGACAUUGCUCAUUCAUACACAAUUGAGCUGAGAGACAAAGGGGUGUUUGGCUUUAAACUACCUGCGUCUCAGAUAUUGCCUACUGUACGAGAUGCCUGGGAGGCUGUAAAGACUUUGGCUACACUGGUCUGAAUGAAGUAACGGAAAGAGUCAACAAACGAAAGUUCCUGCAAUGAAUCUGAGAGACAAGGAGUUACGGUUUGCAACAGAGAUCAUAAAUACUGCUAAAAUCAUUGAAUGAUUUUGAAUUAGCGUUUAAUAUUUUUCCUAAUUUUUGUCAUAUAGUAUUUUAUUUAUGUUUUUUUUUAGUGUGUUACAUAAUUUAUUGACAUAUAUUUGAAUUAAUUACCUGAAAGGAUUUUUCUUUGGAGUUAGAUUGUGAAUCUUAUGUUAGUUUCAGUUUAAUUUUUGUUAUCGGGAAACUUUCAGAAGAAUCUUUGAUUUCAAAUAGUUAUCAAAAGAGUUAUCUAUCACUGAGAACAAUAGACUGUUCAUACGAAAGAACGUCAGUUAUUUGCUUAUCUGUUUAUAUUGUCUGGGGUUAUUUUAAUCUUUCUGUAACUAAUAUAUA